AUGGGCAGCAAGAUGGGUUCUACCAGCAGGGCUAAGCAGAUAGAGAAGCCUCGUGCUCCAUUAAUAAGGUUCCCUAACAGAAGGGGUCACAGUGUCUCAGGAACUUUGGGAUCUGCUGCGCUGCCCUCCCAUGUCUCAGUAAUUUCACAGCAUUCAAAAGGAAGCGUGUUCUCAGACUUGCAACUGCAUCAGGGGCCAUCAGACACUGCAGAAAUAACAAAAACAUUACCUUAGAAAUACAGAAGGAAGCUGUCUCAAGAAAAAAUGGAAUUUAUCCAGCAUGGAGGUCCAGAGUGA